CGUGUUCGUUUCAAUGUAGAUUCAUUACAUGGUUUAACUGUUAACAGGUUACAACUUGAAAUUGUUAAAAUUUUUUAAACUUCUCAUUCUGUUUAAUUUUUUGCGAGUUAUUUUCCUGAAAAGCUCACAGUUCAGUGAGUGUUUAACGAUAAAGCGUUCCUUAUCGCAUACAUCCACGUGUCUGUGACUGUCCAUCUGUUGGAUCUUGAAGUGGCAAGUUGGCCGCACUAAAUUUUCGUCCACCAUGAAGUACAUUCUGGUGACGGGCGGUGUGAUCAGCGGCGUAGGGAAGGGCGUCCUGGCCUCCAGCCUGGGCGCCAUCCUCAAGGGCUGCGGCUUCCGCGUCACAGCCAUCAAAAUCGAUCCCUACAUCAACAUCGACGCGGGGACCUUCUCCCCGUACGAACACGGCGAAGUGUUUGUGCUGGAUGACGGCGGGGAAGUGGAUCUGGAUCUGGGGAAUUACGAGCGCUUCAUGGAGGUGGAGCUGGGUAAGGACAACAACAUCACCACGGGGAAGAUCUACAAGGCCGUCAUUAAGAAGGAGCGCAAGGGCGGCUAUCUGGGCGAGACGGUGCAGAUUGUCCCCCACCUGACCAACGCCAUCCAGGAGUGGGUGGAGCGGGUGGCCCGCAUCCCCGUGCCUGAUACGCGGGGGGAGAAGGAGCCUCUCCAGGAACCGCAAAUCUGCGUCGUCGAGCUUGGUGGAACGAUCGGUGACAUCGAAGGUAUGCCGUUCGCGGAAGCCUUUCGUCAGUUUCACAAUCGCAUUGGAAAAGAGAAUUUCUGUGUGGUCCACGUCAGUCUGGUGCCUCAAAUCGGCACCGACGGCGAGCAGAAGACGAAGCCGACGCAGAUGAGCGUGAUGGAGCUGCGGAAACUGGGCUUGGCGCCGGAUCUCAUCUGCUGCCGCUCCAUCAAUCCCCUGGAACAGUCAGUCCGCAAGAAAGUCUCCGGCACCUGUGAUGUCACACCGGAGCAAGUGAUCAGCGUGCACGACUGCAAAUCCCUGUACCACGUCCCCUCGCUGCUGCAGGAGCAGAACGUCAUCCAGAUCCUGUGUGAACGCCUGCAGAUGGACAUUCCCAUCCACCCCAGCAACGGUGUGGCGAAAUGGAACAACCUGGCCAAAACCAUUGAAGAGGCCACGGUGGAAGUGAAGAUCGCCAUGGUGGGCAAGUACACCAAACUCAAGGACUCCUACAUGUCCGUUAAUAAAGCCCUGGAGCAUGCCGCCUUGUUCUGCAAACGCAAACUCGUCAUUAAGUAUAUUGAUGCAACCAAUCUGGAGGAAGAGUCGAAACACUCCAAAGAUCCUGCGAAGCAGGAGCAGUACGCACAGGCUUGGAGUGUGUUGAAAGAGUGCGGGGGUCUGUUGGUGCCGGGCGGAUUCGGUACACGCGGCAUCCAAGGAAAAGUGGACGCCAUCCAGUGGGCGCGCACCAACCGUGUCCCGUUCUUAGGUGUAUGCUUGGGAUACCAGUGCGCGACCAUUGAAUUUGCUCGCCAUGUUCUGCAACUGGAGAACGCCGACUCCACUGAGUUUGACCCCAUCACCAAAGAUCCUGUGGUGAUUGAAAUGCCGGAGCACAAUCCUGGCAAAAUGGGAGGCACUAUGCGUUUGGGGAAGCGGACAACUAUUUUCUGCGAGGAGGAUUCCGUCAUCAAACGCCUGUAUGGUAACGAAACAACCGUGGAGGAACGCCACCGUCACCGCUACGAAGUCAACCCGGCGUACAUUGACCGGUUGGAAGAGCGCGGAAUGCGCUUCGUGGGCAAAGACGACACCGGCAAGCGCAUGGAGAUCAUGGAACUGGAGGGUCACCCGUACUUUGUCGGCGUGCAGUUCCACCCCGAGUACCUCUCCCGCCCCCACAAACCCUCACCGCCCUACGUCGGCCUCCUGCUGGCGGCCAGCGGACAGCUGAAGACCCACCUCCCGGACCUGGAGAAGGCGCAGCGGAAAGUGGUGAACGGGGUCCCGGAGGUGUCUCAACCGAUGGUCAACGGGAAGAAGGAGGUGGAGGCGGUUCCUGUGUGCAACGGGAAGAAGAUGCCCGUGCUGGAGGACGGCGGAGGGGAUGCCGGACGGGUCAAUGGGUUUUGAGGGGCGUUUUGGAGGGAUUGAUUUCGGGGGCUUCCGUUUUGUUGGGUUCUGUUAGUGUUUUUAGUUCAGGUUCGGGUUUGUUGUUGUGGGAGAAUCUGUUGGUUUCCUUUUCGGCCUUAUUGUUAGAACGACAAGGUAGUUGCGUUGCCGCGUUUGAUAGCGUUCGAUCCUCUGGGUUCCGUUACCUAAUUUUACUAUAUAUAUUCGUUGAUUUAAUAUUACAGUAAUAUAAUAUAAUAAAUACAUUA